AUGCAGGUGGGUGAGGUGUCCAGCGGCGGCAGUAGCCACCGCGGCGUCGGAGCGUCCGGCACCGUCUCCGAAGACCGCCGCGUCACCGUCUUCUCCGCCAACGGCCGCCUCUACCAAGUCGAGUACGCUUGGAACGCCACGAGGCUAGCGGGCGUCACCUCCGUCGGCGUGCGCGGGGCCGACUCCGUCUGCGUCGUCGGCCAGCGGAGGGCGAGCGAGCCCAAGGACAAGUUGCUGGACAUGACCAGCGUUUCGCGCCUGUUCCCGAUCACCGAGCGGCUGGGGUUGCUUGCCACGGGGAUCGUAGGUGAGGGAAGAGCAUUGGCUCAUGAGGCAAGGAAUCAAACUGCAGAAUUUCGUUUCAAAUGGGGAUAUGAAAUGCCUCCUGAUGUUUUGGCACAAUGGAUUGCAGACAGAGCACAGAUCUGGACCCAGUAUGGUUCCAAGAGACCUUCUGGAGUUGUUGCUAUGAUUUUGGGCAUUGAUGAUGAGAAAGAAACUCCACAGCUCUUUACAUGUGAUCCUGCUGGGUAUUUCUUCGGUCACAAGGCAGCAAGUGCUGGCCAAAGAGAUAGGGAGGCAGUCAACUUUCUUGAGAAGAAAAUGAAGAACAAUCCUUCACUAUCAUUUCAGGAAACCAUUGAGAUGGCAAUAUCAGCAUUGCAGUUCGCCCUGAAGGAGGACCUCAAAGCCACAGAAAUCGAGGUUGGGGCAGUCAGGACGGAUGAUCCAACUUUCAGAGUGCUGACAGAAGCUGAAAUCGAUGAGCACCUGAAAGCCAACAACCCAGGCAAAGCAGAGCUAAAGGCCACACAGUUUCCCAGCUACUAG